CCGCGGCCAAAGAAAUAAACACUCGGCGAUAGCAGUGAGGUGGAGCGGGUCACUGGCAGCAGCUUUGUGCCGUGCGGGGGGAAAGUGGAGCUGGUCCUUAAGGAAGGGGCCCGUCGAAGGGGCGCGGUUGUUCCCUGCCGCUGUGCCCCUCCCCUCUCCUCUCCUGCCGCUCCGCCGCUGCCCACUGGGCCCCGGCUCCGCCCUCCCCGCUUGCUCCUUUCCCCCGUGGGGGUCCCGUCUGGUUUGCUGCCGUUCCCCCAUGAGGCGCGUCCCCCUCAGUGCACAGGCUGGGCCUAGCUGGAACCGGAGGGUUUGACACAAAGCUUCAAGCAAGAACCUUGGAACCUGACAUCAUGGAAACGGAAAUGCUAUCCUGGCCAAUAUACUGCUUCUCCCAGCAACUUGACCAAGAGAUAUUAUCAACCCCUCAGCCUCAGCCUGGCUCAGAAGCUAAAAGGAAGGCACGCCUGCAAAUAAGAAGCUGAGCUGCAAGGGUUAUUUGCUGUUCCCUGUUCAUCAGCAAAGAAUUUGCUCCAAAAGUCCUUGCAGACCAACACUGAAUUGGCUAAAUGCAGCAUGCAAGUGUUGCAGGUUUCUUUUGAACCAACAGGCACCCUUCUCUUCAGGAAAGAAGAGGUCAGUCUGGAGAUGGCAGGCUCUUCAAGCACUCCAGCGACAGCCCAAUGCAGCCCAGUAUUUCCAUCAAUUUAUGCUCCAGCAACAGCUCAACAGUGCUCAACUACACAGCCUGGCUGCAGUCCAGCAGGCUACAAUUGCAGCCAGUCGACAGGCAAGUUCUCCAAACACGAACACCCCUCAACAGGCAGCUACUACACAGGCUUCAAUUAAUUUGGCAACCACAUCAGCUGCACAGUUAAUCAGCCGUUCACAAAGUGUGAGCUCCCCUAGUGCCACCACCCUGACACAGUCGGUACUUCUGGGGAACACCACAUCACCACCUCUAAACCAGUCACAAGCUCAGAUGUAUCUUCGGCCGCAGCUGGGAAACCUGUUGCAGGUGAACCGGACAUUGGGCCGCAAUGUACCUCUUACCUCCCAACUCAUCCUGAUGCCUAACGGGGCUGUGGCUGCUGUUCAGCAGGAAGCACCACCCACUCAUUCUCCUGGGGUCCACACAGACAUGGACCAGGUGCAGAAUUUGGCUGUCCGCAGUCAGCAGUCCUCAGCAGCUAAUCCACAGCUCCAAGCAUCAUCUCCAAAGGCUGUUUUGCCAGGGAAUUCCCAGGCUUCAGUACUACCCCAGGCCACACAUUCUGGCCAGACCUUGACAGUGACACAAGCCUCUUCUGGCAAUGUAGGCCAGUCACUCAAUCUCAGUCAAGGGCCAGCAGGAAAUAAUAGCAUUUCUGGGGGUGUGGCAUCCUCUGUGGGGAAUCAUACUACCUCUGGGCUGAGCCAAGCAAACUCAUCUGGUCCAGGGGGCAGCUGUCAGAGGAAAGGGACUGGUGUAGUUCAGCCAUUACCAGUAGCUUCUGCUGCCCAGGCAGUGACUGUGAGCCAGGGAAGUCAAACAGAGGCAGAAAAUGCAACAGCAAAAAAGGCUGAAACAGAUGGUAAUGGGCAACAGACCGUGGGCAUGAACCUGACCAGGACAGCUACACCAGCCCCAAGCCAGACUUUGAUCAGUUCUGCCACAUAUACCCAAAUACAGCCUCAUUCACUGAUCCAGCAGCAGCAGCAGAUUCACCUCCAGAAGCAAGUAGUGAUACAGCAGCAAAUCGCCAUUCAUCACCAGCAGCAGUUCCAGCAUCGUCAGUCCCAGCUCUUGCACACUGCCACACACCUUCAGCUGGCACAGCAGCAGCAGCAGCAGCAAGCGCCACCUCUGACCCAGCAGCAGGGGCCACCACCAACUCCUCAACAAGCCCAGCCUCUUCAGGGUCAGCAGCAGGCCCAGACCCUUGUGGUCCAGCCCAUGCUGCAGUCACAGCCCCAACCAGUACAGAUCCAGCAGGACAGUCUUUGUCAGGCAACCACUAAGUCAUCUGUCUCUAUUCAGGCCAAGCCACCAAUAGCCCCUCUUAAACUUUCACAACUUGGUGCUGCCAAAAUCUCAGCUUCCCAGCAGCCCCCACCUCAUAUACCAGUGCAGGUGGUGGGCAGCCGCCAGCAAGGUUCAGCCCAAGCUCAGGCACUGGGGCUUCCUCACAUGAAUACAGCUGUGCAGACCCCAAGGGGCAUACCAGCUGUAGUCCAGCCAGUGUCCCAGUCCCACUUGGCAUCCUCACUGUCCCAGACCUCUUCUGUGUCAUUUGCUGCUUCUCCUCCUCCUCUGCAAGAAACCACUGCUCCACUCUCUUCUGGGGUCAGUGUGGCACAAGUCCAAGGCACAGCACAAGUGAAGAACACUGUUUCAUCUCCAGCUCAGACAUCACCAGCGGCAUACUAUGUCCAGCCUGUCCAGUUGCCUAGCAAGCCUCAUACUUUGGCAAUUAAGCGCAAGGCUGAAUCAGAAGAGGAGAGGGAAGAAUCCAGUGUGGCACCUUCUCUGAUAGCUGCCAAAUCUGCUUCUGUGGCUGAAAGUCCUAAAGCCUUGGAAGAGAAGAGUGGCCUUACAAGUGAAGGGAAUAAGGACAAAUCUGAAUCCUUUCCCAGUACCACCCCAAAUGCACCCCCAAGUGACCUCAGCUCUGUCACUGCUACAACUGUUCCUGUGCCUACCUUGGCUAUGUUGUCACGCCAGACAGGAGACUCCAAGCCUCCACAAGCCAUUGUCAAGCCUCAGAUUCUUACACACAUCAUAGAGGGCUUUGUUAUCCAGGAGGGGGCAGAGCCUUUUCCGGUGGGUUGUUCUCAGCUCUUAAAAGAGUUUGAAAAGCCCCUUCAGGGAGGAGCUCCAUCUAGGCAGCAUGAGAACCAGCCUAGCAACUCCCCAGGAGGGGAAAUUAUAACAACAGAGCAUGACAAGAAAGGAAACCUGUUAAAAUGUGAGUUUUGUGGAAAAUAUGGCCCAGCCAAUCAGUUCCGUGGUUCCAAGAGAUUCUGUUCUGUAACAUGUGCCAAGAGGUACAAUGUGGGCUGUAGCCACCAACUUCGGCUGCAAAGGAAAAAAAUUAAGGAGUUCCAGGAAGCAAACUAUGCCCGUCGUCGGCGUGGGCCUCGGCGCAGCAGCUCAGAGAUUGCGCGAGCCAAGAUUCAGGGCAAGCGUCACCGGGGCCAAGAAGACUCAAGCAGAGGAUCUGAUAAUUCCAGUUAUGAUGAAGCUCUAUCCCCUACAUCACCAGGACCUCUGUCAGCAAGGACCAGUCAUGGAGAGCGAGACCUUGUCAGCUCCAACAUGACGCAGCCUACUCCUGACCUGCAUGGUAUCAACCCAGUCUUCUUGUCCAGUAAUCCCAGCAGUUGGAGUGUAGAGGAAGUAUACGAGUUCAUUGCAUCCUUACAAGGCUGUCAAGAGAUUGCAGAGGAGUUUCGCUCCCAGGAAAUUGAUGGUCAGGCUCUGCUCCUCCUGAAGGAGGAGCAUCUCAUGAGCGCCAUGAACAUCAAGCUGGGUCCUGCCCUCAAGAUCUGUGCCAAGAUCAACAUCCUGAAAGAGACCUAAUAACACAGGAAGCCAGUAUACUCUCCUCUAUAGGCUGGGACCAUUUAUUUGGCUCUGAAGAGUGGAGGGGAAAGGAUCUCUCUUGAGCCUUUAUCUUGGUGCUACAUAGGGGAGCAUUAACUCCCGUGGAGGCAUUGAAACAUGUUUCGGAACUUCUUGUAUUGUCAGCAAGUUUUCUAGCCUCCACAUUGUUCCCGAGGGAAACACCACAAAGAGAAUAAGUUGUUCUGUAUUGAGGAACCUGAAGAGGCUUGAAGAGGACCAUUCCUCUUGUCAGCAGCGGAUUUUUCAUUCUUCUUGCUGUGGGAUCUUUCUCCUUUCACAUAGAUUCAGUUUGCAGGGAACCAGUUAAGCACUGAAGCUUGGUUCAUGUUUUCUCAUACUGAGGGAGAGAAGUUGGAAGAAUCCAUUUGGGACAUUGAGCAGAACUAAAGUUUUAAAUAUCACCUCUCCCAUUUCAUAGUUGAUUCAAGGUAGAUUGCAAACUGACUUCAUACAGAACACUGAAAAGGAAGUGUUAAGAUUGGAAUGUGUCACUUGAUGAAAAACUUUCCAAAUUACACUUGUUUGUCUUGUGGAGUUGGGAAACACCAUUCAAGAUCCAAAGGAGAAUCCGAUUGUACUGAAGUUCCAGUGGUUUCUAUCUUCUAAAAGUUUCCUUUUUUGAGUUUUAUAUGCUGCCCUCUUCACAUUAGAGAGCAUAUGCAGCAAUGGUUAUUCUGGCAGGUUUGUAUUCCCUGUCAAAAGCGUGUUUAUUUUUAUUUGUUAUACAGAUAUUCUCAUCCUCAGUAAAAAGAAUGUUUCAAAAAGUA